AAAAAAUGUGGUGGGCACUUAUGCCUCACCCUCUUCCGGUGACGUCAUAUUUCAGGAUCUGAGUGACACUCUUUCAUCGCGACAUGAAAAACCAUAAAUAGACAAAGCUUGCUUUUCGUGUAAACAAUAUCAUCAAAGUAACAAUGGUGCCUUAUAUAUUACUUUCUGUUUUAAUCAAAUUUUGCUUAGCCCAAAGCAAAGGUUCUUCUCACUCUGAAUUUGAAGCCUUUCCAACACCUGAAAGGCUUACUGGAAAUCCAUGCAUUUCUAGAGAAACAUGUGGAGAUUGCAUUACAGCUGAUCCUGAAUGUGCAUGGUGUUCUCAAGAGGAUUUUACUCAAGAUGGUAGUAGAAGAUGUGACUACACUGGUAAUCUUAGAGGUAGAUGUAAGGAUGAUCACAUUGUAAUGCCUGGUCAAAGUAUGCAAAAACUUAAGGACCAUGAACUUAGCAAUAAGGGUGUGAAAGAAGGGGAAGCAAUUCAAAUAAAACCUCAAGAAAUUACUUUAAAGUUAAGACCAAAUUCUCCAUUCCCUCUUGUGGUUGAAUUUCGUCAAGCAGAAGAUUACCCAGUUGAUUUGUACUACUUAAUGGAUCUUUCCAAUUCUAUGAAAGAUGAUAAAGAAAAAUUAGCAGAACUUGGCAAUAAACUAUCUGGAGAAAUGGGGAACAUUACCAGUAAUUUUCGGCUUGGUUUUGGAUCAUUUGUGGACAAAGUUGUCAUGCCUUAUGUCAGUACUGUGCCUGAAAAGUAUGUCAUUAAAAAAAUAUGCAAUCAAUUUAUGUUAAAAUAGUCUUUCUCCAUAUAA